CAGAUCAUUUACUGUUCAGCUGAAGGACAAACUCGGCUCUUUCUUUCUUUCUCUCCCUCUUCUUUUUUUAGUCAAACAGACUCCAGUCUCCCUCAGAGUCUCUCCUCCUUCUUCCUCCUCCUUCUUCCUCCUCCUCUGACGCCUCCUCCAGCUGAUCCUCCAGCUGAUCCUCCAGCUGAUCGUCCAGCUGACCGGUGCGAGCGGCUCAGACCCCGGACCCCCAGACCCCAGACCCGGACCCCAGACCCCGGCCCCGGAGAGAGGAUGGCAGACUCAGCCAACAGCGAUGGGGAGGACGGACCCCGUAAACCCAUGCGGGGCUUCGCCAGGCAGGGAGCGCUGAGGCAGAAGAACGUGCACGAGGUGAAGGACCACAAGUUCAUCGCACGCUUCUUCAAGCAGCCGACGUUCUGCAGCCACUGCACCGACUUCAUCUGGGGCUUUGGCAAGCAGGGCUUCCAGUGUCAAGUGUGUUGUUUUGUGGUCCACAAACGCUGCCAUGAGUUCGUCACCUUCCAGUGUCCGGGUGCUGAUAAGGGACCGGACUCGGAUGACCCGAGAGCAAAGCACAAGUUUAAGAUCCACACCUACUCCAGCCCGACCUUCUGUGACCACUGUGGUUCUCUGCUCUACGGCCUCAUCCACCAGGGAAUGAGAUGCGACCACUGUAUGAUGAACAUCCAUAAGCGCUGCGUGGCCAACGUUCCCAGUCUGUGUGGGACCGACCACACUGAGAGGAGAGGACGUCUGGCCAUCACCGCCGAGGUCAAGACCAACGUCCUCACAGUCACCAUCAAAGAGGGCAGGAACCUGGUCCCCAUGGAUCCCAACGGUCUGUCGGAUCCGUACGUUAAACUGAAACUGAUCCCAGAUCCACGAAGUGAGAGCAAACAGAAAACCAAGACCAUCAAGUGUUCCCUCAACCCCACCUGGAACGAGACCUUCAAGUUCCACCUGAAGGAGUGUGAUAAGGACCGCCGUCUCUCCGUGGAGGUCUGGGACUGGGACCUGACCAGCCGCAACGACUUCAUGGGUUCACUCUCCUUCGGCAUCUCAGAGCUCCAGAAACAAGGAGUGGACGGAUGGUUCAAGCUCCUGUCUCAGGAGGAAGGAGAAUACUUCAACGUGCCUGUAGCUCCAGAGGGGGAGGAAGGAAACGAGGAGCUGAGGCAGAAGUUUGAGAGAGCUAAGAUUGGUCCAGGGAAGAACACGGAGGGGAAGUCGGCCAACGCUGCGUCCCGGUUCGACUCCAACGGGAACCAGGACCGAAUGAAACUGUCAGACUUCAACUUCCUCAUGGUCCUGGGGAAGGGCAGCUUCGGAAAGGUGAUGCUGGCUGAGCGUAAAGGGACCGAGGAGCUGUACGCGAUUAAGAUCCUGAAGAAGGACGUUGUGAUCCAGGACGAUGACGUGGAAUGUACCAUGGUGGAGAAGAGGGUGCUGGCGUUGGCCGGGAAACCGCCGUUCUUAACGCAGCUGCACUCCACCUUCCAGAGCAUGGACCGUCUGUAUUUUGUCAUGGAGUACAUCAACGGAGGAGACCUCAUGUAUCAGAUCCAGCAGGUCGGCAAGUUCAAGGAGCCUCACGCUGUAUUCUACGCGGCAGAAAUCGCCAUCGGCCUGUUCUUCCUCCACCUAAAGGGCAUCAUCUACAGGGACCUGAAGCUGGACAACGUGAUGCUGGACUGUGAGGGACACAUCAAGAUCGCAGACUUUGGGAUGUGUAAAGAGAACAUGCUGGACGGGAUCACCACCAAAACCUUCUGUGGGACGCCGGACUACAUCGCCCCCGAGAUCAUCGCCUACCAGCCCUACGGGAAGUCUGUGGACUGGUGGGCCUUCGGAGUCCUGCUCUACGAGAUGCUGGCCGGACAGCCUCCGUUCGACGGUGAGGAUGAGGACGAGUUGUUUCAGUCCAUCAUGGAGCAUCACGUCUCGUAUCCCAAGUCCAUGUCCAAGGAGGCCGUCGCCAUCUGUAAAGGGCUGAUGACGAAGCAUCCGGCCAAGAGACUGGGCUGUGGCCCGGAGGGCGAGAGGGACAUCAGGGACCACAGCUUCUUCCGCUACAUGGACUGGGAGAAGCUGGAGAACAAGGAGGUGCAGCCCCCGUUCAAACCCAGAGCCUGUGGACGUGAAGCUGAGAACUUUGACCGUUUUUUCACGCGUCACCCCCCCGUGCUGACGCCCCCCGACGAGGAGGUGAUUCAGAACCUGGACCAGGACGAGUUCCAGGGGUUCUCCUUUAUCAACCCGGAGUUCCCAGGAACUGUUGCAGCCUCCGCCUCCACUGAGUCGGCUUGAUCCCAGCUCAGCCACCUCACACCGACCUCACACCGCCCCCCCCGGCCUCUAGCAUCACCCCCCCUCGCCCCCACCUCCACCUCAACACACACACAACAUCCAACUUUAAACCUUUAAGCUCAGACUCGUUCACUACGACCUCACGCUGCAGCUACGACCACCAACAUGAACCGGGAUCCUUCCACAUCCUGGAGAGACUCUAUAGGAGAAGCUAACGGUGAUGCUAAUGGUGAUGCUAAUGGUGGAGCUAAUAAUGAGGCUAAUGGUGAAGCUAAUGGUGAAGCUAAUGGUGAAGCUAUGGUGAAGCUAGUAAUGAGGCUAAUGGUGAAGCUAAUGCUGAAGCUAUGGUGAAGCUAACGGUGAUGCUAAUGCUGAAUCUAACGGUGAAGCUAAUAGUAAAGCUAAUAGUGAUGCUAAUGGUGGAGCUAAUAAUGAGGCUAAAGGUGAAGCUAAUGGAUGGCUCUGAUUCUCUCCAGCGGUUUGUAGAAACUCACUGGUGGAGACGACAAAUUACAUCAACAUCCAGCAGAAAAACCACAUGAAGGAUUUUUAAGGAGCAAAAAACUAAACGAUCUGUUUUGAAGAACAGGAAGAGACGUGUGGUGAUAAAUGCUGGAAAAUAUUCAGUUUAUACUUUGUUACAGUUUUACAAUAUGAACAGAAACAAACUGCUGCAAGGCGUCCAUUAGCAUCACCAUUAGCAUCACCAUUAGCUUCACCAUUAGCGUCAGCAUUAGCUUCACCAUUAGCGUCAGCAUUAGCAUCACCAUUAGCAUCAACAUUAGCUUCACCAUUAGCUUCACCAUUAGCGUCAGCAUUAGCUUCACCAUUAGCAUCACCAUUAGCUUCACCAUUAGCUUCACCAUUAGCAUCACCAUUAGCGUCAGCAUUAGCAUCACCAUUAGCAUCAAUUUUAGCUUCACCAUUAGCAUCACCAUUAACUUCAUCAUUAGCAUCAACAUUAGCUUCACCAUUAGGAUCACCAUUAACUUUACCAUUAACUUCAUCAUUUGCAUCAUCAGCUUUACCAUUAGCAUCACCAUUAGCUUUACCAUUAGCAUCACCAUUAGCGCCUCCUAUAGGUGCUUUUCAGGAUCUGACCUCCAACUCUGGAAUAAUCCAGACGUUGCUGCUGUUUAGUUCCAGGUUUGUUUGUGCACAAAGUAUAAAUCGUGUUUUUCAUCUGGUUAAAGAAUUCAUUCAUCCAUUCAUUUAUUUUCUAACCUCCCGGCCCAGUCGACCCGGGAUUAGAACCCACAACUGGUUCUUUGGUUGUUUUCGUCUUUGUGGACAAACAGAAAAACCUGGAUUCUGUGGUCGUUGCUGCAGCUUUAGCUCCAACUCAGUUCCAUCAGCACCAGUCGACAUCACGUAUGAACGUAUGAAUGACGUCACGUAUGAACGUAUGAACGACGUCACGUAUGAACGAGGGUGAAAAACGUGAUUCUCUACGUCUCUGGAGCUGCAGGACUUUUGUUGCAGCGUGAACUCAGAGUCUGAGACAAAUGACACAUGAACACAUGAACACAUGAACACAUGAACACAUGAAGCCUGCACACACCUUCAUCCUCCGUGUUCUGACUUUAUUUGGGUGGAAUCUGUGAUUUCUGUUUAUUUUGCUCGGUCCCUCAGUGUGAAUUUAUAACCAGUGUAUUAUAAUAGUAAUAAUAUUAAUACUAGUGUCCGUACGUUUCUCCUUAUCUUAACUACAACGGGAAUGCUUGACGUUACAUGCAUGACUUUCUAUAUCGAGAAGAAGAAGAAGAAGAAGCCCUGGACCUUUGCAGCGUUUCAUCGUUUUACAGUCUGAGCUCAGUGAAGAGCCUCCGUUAGCGUUUGUGUUGAUCUUCAGGCCGGUGAUGAUGAGACGCUGCAGGGAAUCGUCCUGAAACAGGCUCACUGACAUAUUCCUUAUACUCUGUUAUGUGGUGUUGAGGCGACGGAGGCGGCCGUGGUUUACUGGAGCAUGGCUCUGUGUGUUUACAGCGCGAGUGUGUGUUUUACAUGUGUGUCGCUGAGCGUGUUCACGAAGCCACGAUUAAAACCUCAAACAGCCACGGCUGCAAGCUGAACAGGAACUAACCGCGUUUCGUCGAGCAAUAAUCCUGCUGAGACCAGAGAGGAGGAGAGUCUUUAGUUUGAGCUCAUUCAGCCUGGUUCUGGUUCUGGGUCUGGUUCUGGUUCUGGUUCUGGGUCUGGAGCAGGACGUGACUGUUACUUGUAGAACUCAGCUCUGAAACAUGUGUUGGUGUUUGACAUCAUUGACUGGAGGUUAAUGAUGGAGGAUGUUGGUUUUUCUGUCUGAAUGAUGGAAGAAACAUUUCAUCGCAUGAAUAUUUAACCAGAGACUAGAGCACAGUUACUUCCUCUCAGCUGGUCGUUGGCUUUAGUCUCCGUGGUGCGUUCAAGUGCAGCGUUGGUGUGUUUGAGUUCUGUGUUUACGGGUUGAGGUAAGAUGAGCUGCAGCUUUGAUGUCAGAAUCUGUUGACAUGGUCCUUUGCUCCUUUACUUCCUGUUGUGUGUCAGUGUUUAUUUCAGUCUGCAGCCACACACACACACACACACACACACACACACACACACACACACACAGAUAUAUAUAGACUUAUAUACAUAUAGAGGAACGUAUCUAUCCACCUGCCAGUGUUGGUCUGUUUGCUGCAGGAGACGCAUCAUGAACUCUGCAUGUUUGACCUUUUUAUUAGUUUCUGUGCGACUUCCUGCAGAGACCUCGGCUACUGUUUCGUGCGCUGUCUGUGAAAAUACUUAUAUAGAAAAUAUCUAAAGAAAAAAGACGCUUUUCACGAUGCUUUCCAUGUGCCAACUUCUUUUGUUUCUUUGGUUUUCCAAGAAAAACAGACUGAAAUAAAGAAUCUAAACGUC